UAAACAAAAUACAUAAUCUCCCCCUAUUAUAAUUAAUUAUUACAAUAACCUAAUAUUCAAUCAUUUCUUUUUCCAUCUUUAUUAUAUUUCGUUAAAUACUUACUCGGACAAUCUGAGGAAAGUUAGGAACCUAAAUUAGCUUUUUUAACUCCUCAAAACUCCAAAAUUUCACAUUUUCUCAUCACUUAAAAAUUCAAUCUUUUCCCUUUAAUUUCAUUCUUCAUUUCAGAAAAAUAGCUGCAAAAUUUUGUAAAAUUUUCUGAUCGUAGCCAUCAGUUGCUUUGGUGUUUUUAUCUCAAGUUUUUGAAAGAGAAAAAAAAAAAGGAACAGUAUUACUGUUGAACCUGGAGUCAGCAAAAUUUAAGCUUCAUUUAUUUGGAUUUUUUUUUCUAAUGAGAGUUCUUUUUUUGGUGUUUAAAAUACAGGAAAAAUUAUGGAUUUUUGAAUACAAGAAGUAGAAAGGAGAUUCUUUUUUUUUUUUGGGGGGGGGGGGGUGGUUAAUUUUGGUGAAGUAUGGAAGGAAGGGAAAAUAUGAGUAGCAGUAGUGGAGUAAGAGUGGUGGGAUCAGAUGUUCCGUCAGACUACCAUAUGGCACCUAGGACCACCACUGAGAAUCCUUCUGCCCCGGUGAUGACUGGAUCAGCAGCUCAAGCAGUAGCAGUAGCAGCCCAGGCGCAGGUGAGUGUAUCAGUUUCUCCAACACCAGCAGUGACCACAGAUUCUGCUGCUUUAGCAAUGACCACAGUGAAGAAAAAGCGAGGUAGACCCAGAAAAUAUGGGCCAGAUGGGUCAUUACCCGCGUCUGUUAUUUCUCCUAAGCCUAUUUCAUCCGCUGCACCAUCUCCGGUCAUUGAUUUUUCGUCGGAGAAACGGGCGAAAAUCCGGCCUGUUGGGUCAGCUCUUAAGGUCUAUCAACCUAAAGCUGAUGUUCAGAAUUCAGGUGAAUGGGUUUCAUGCUCGGUCGGUGCUAGUUUCACGCCCCAUAUUAUCACUGUUAACACUGGAGAGGAUGUCAGCAUGAAGGUUAUAUCAUUCUCCCAACAAGGGCCUCGAGCAAUAUGCAUUCUCUCAGCAAAUGGUGUAAUUUCCAGUGUCACACUUCGCCAACCGGACUCAUCUGGUGGUACAUUAACAUAUGAGGGCCGGUUUGAGAUACUGUCUUUGACGGGAUCAUUUAUCCAAUCCGAGACCGGAGGAAUGAGAAACAGAUCUGGAGGGAUGAGUGUGUCUCUAGCAAGCCCUGAUGGACGUGUUAUUGGUGGCGGAGUUGCCGGUCUAUUGGUAGCUGCCAGUCCUGUGCAGAUUGUUGUGGGCAGCUUCCUUGCUGGAAUUCAGCAUGAGCCGACGACCAAGAAGAACAAGUCCGAGCCCAUAACUGCAGCUGUUCCUCUAUCUAGUACAGAUAUGGAAAAGGCCUAUCACUCAUCAUCAGCAAAACCAACUGUAGUAUCGAAUUCUUCCUUCCAUGAAGAUAACUGGCCAUCAUUGGCCCCUGACUCGAGGAAUCAGCCUGCUGACAUCAAUGUUUCUCAACCUGCAUAAUAACUACGAUAGCUGCAUUUCUUUCACUUCCCAUUGAUCCACCUCACUCCUAGCUAUUUGUUUUUUUUCUUUAACUAGUUUUCUAGAAAGUUUGUUUUUCCCCUUCCCAUCUGGUAUCUCAUUGUAGAAUGGUAGAUGUAUAAUGGUCCCAACAAAAAUAAUUUCAGCAUAGAUGAGGUUUUCUUUCUAGUGUUUAGCAGGUGUAGGGCCUCUUUGCUAUUUGGCUGUUGGCUUUUAUGAACUUUAUGUCUUCUUUCAUGGCAAGUCUAGCAGUUUUAAUUUUGUAUUGUAACAUGU